AGAGAAAAUGAAUAAAAUUUAAAAAUUAUAUCUCGUAUUGUUGUAUGUAUGUGCGUUCGUUAAGUCUAAGUGACGUUAAGUAAUUACACUUUUGACAGUGUUACCACUCGCGUGAACGCAUCGUGAACGUUCUGCUGAUUUCUGUUUCUUUUUGUCUAUUAUUGUUUGUUCAUUGUUGAUGUUGACCUGAAGUACACAUUUUUGUGAUUGUGUUUCAUGUGUUUACUGUUUGGAUUUUGAUAAAAAUUUAUUCGAAUUCGAAAUUUUGUGUAGAAAAUGUUCAUGUCUGAAGUACUAAGAUUGUUUAUUUUGAAGUAAUGGUUCGUUUCUUGAUUUCAAAAAGUUUGCGUGUUGUGAUUUAAUAUACGGAUUAUUGCGACUGCGUAUGAUUUGCAAUCCUGUAGAACCGAGUUGAUAAGAACAAUUAGUGUCCAUUUCACAGAAUGUUCGUUAAAAAUUAAAAGUGAAGAUAUCAAGACUCUGUUUGCGGUCAAACGUUGAAAUUAUAAAAUCAAAAUGAACGACGACCAGACUCCAUCCAAUGAUACAUUGAUUUUCUACCUUCAUGCCGGUAAGCUAGUCGAUAUGGCUGCGGUCUCUUUGUUGGCUGCAUUGAAGCAUCAUAAAAUAACGCAGAUCCAUCGUGGAAACAAAGAAAUCAAUAUUUUAUGUUAUGAAACGGAUCUAAUCAGCGUGACUUUUCCUGAAUCUAUUACUGACAUGCUGCAUGUAUUGUCUGAUCGUAUGGACAAACCUAUAGCUAAGUGGUGGAAAUACCACUGGGAGCGAGUGUUCUUUCGUAAUAUGCCGUCGAAUGAUAUGAUUGCAUUGUUUGACCAGUUGGUAUGGCUUCACGAUGGCUCAAUAAGCUUCGAACAAACGGCCAGAAAGUUGUUGGAUAGCGAUAAAUUGACAAAUGUGCAGAAGUUUCAAAUUGCUUGCACGUAUUGUUUCAUCGAUGACGUGAAUCGUUUGAAACAGUCAUUGUCGCCCGACGAGAUACAUCUCGCCACCGGAUCAUUUUGUACGGAUGUUGAUCCAUUCUUGGUGUACUGGUGCUGUAAAAUACGACAUAUGACGGGUAAUUGUUAUCUGACGAGCACGAACAUUAAUUUCUUUGCCGAGUUGAUAAAACCUAUCUGUAGAAAAUACUAUAACCACUGGCCAGUCCUGGAGUAUUUUUGGAAACAGUCAGUUAAUGAAGAAGAGUUUGUGGAGAAAGCUGAACGAAUUAUUAAUUAUGUCCCUGACGGUCCAUCGGUCGAGCUGAUCUGGCACCUUCUUCCAAAAUUGACUAGCUCACAACUCGAUUCGAUAAUACACAAGUUUGGUGACACAAUUACGCUCUGUUUCGCCAAAGAGCCCAACUACGUCGAAUAUACAAUGUUGACCUGGAAACGUGUGGUGAAUUUAAUCGAUGAUCAUUCUCUUAAUCGAGUUCUACGUUCCGUGACAGACAUGGAGGCAGAUCAAGAUUAUGUUGAUAGUCUAUUACGCGAAAUGUGGCUCUACAUGUCCGAAAAACAGAAAAAGUUCAUCGCCAACCAACAAGAUUUCGAUUAUGUGGUACAGUGGAUCAUUGAUUGUGAAUCGAAUUCGGCAAAUUAUCAGCUAAUUUUCGAGAUAUUUUUGCUUUGGGAUUCUGAACGUAGGCGUCAACAAUGGGAAGCUAAUUGGACUAAUUUAGUUAUUGGUCAAAUGGAACAUAAAAACAAAAUCGAAGAGAUAAUGAAGAUGAUCUUUGAUAAUAAUGAAAAUAUCGCUGCUUUCAAACGCACUGUCAUGACCGAUUAUAAUUCAAUCAAAACAGUUUGUGAAAGCCUAUUGAGUUGUGGACAUGUCCAGGAGAUACAAAACUACUUGAAUUUUUGUACAGAAGACCUGGAUGUAAUCCGAAAUUUGAAAAAGCAAAUCAUUACGUCAAUUCCGAAAAACGGCAUGUUUUAUUUUCUUUGCGAUUGUUGUGAUAACAAGGACGUUCACACUAAGUUUGAAUAUUUUUUGCGCGACAUAUUCGCAGUUGACGAAAUUGAAAAUUUUCAGAAGGAUGUGUUAAUGAGUAGUUUGGAAGAAAUGGAAGAAAUGCUGCGCAGUGGAUGCGUUUACGAACUUAUACAGUGCGUUGAAAAAUAUAUAUCCAACGAAGAAGAUCUGUACACAAUAAAGCUACAUUUAAUCAAAUACUCCCGCGACCACCAUAUUGCCAUAAACAUCAAAAUGGCAGAUUGGGUGCAUUUUUCAUCUUGGUGUUAUGAGGGCAACAGCAGUCUUACAAAGCGGUUUAAAAGUUCAUUACAACCUACCGAAGCCGAAGUGUCCGUUAAUGUAGAGAUGGAGCAACAUUCUCUUUAUGAAUCUUUUUGUAGUAGUUUUUUGAGCAGUGAGUAAAAAAUCGAAAUAUUUGUGUGUUUUUUAGAUUCUUUUUUUUUAAGGUUGAUGAUAAUCCGCCAAAAUAUAAAUGUGGUCAAUCACAUGUUACUUUUUUGUUUUAUUCACGGAGCCGAGA